UUAAAAUUUCACUUAAACAUUUCGUGCAACAACGAUCGGCAAAGUUGAGGUGACGCUAUUUCGGAUUGAUGGAUUUCCUAUUGAAAGUUCUGCGACCGUUCAUUGUGGUGCAACGUUUGUAUUUCCCAGUUUUGACUGCAAUGCCUAGCUUCUGUUUCAGGAAUAAUUAUAGCACCGUAAAUAAAAAUUAUGAAAAAUACACCGUGAACGUUAUACCCGCAUUUACGAGUUAUUUCUAUAACCAAAACAACAUUUAAAAAACUGUGAAACUGGUAAUGAUUUUAAAUUGUCCGUCGUGUAAAAUUUGCAUUCAUGGCAACACUGCUGCCAUUACACCGCGAUUGUUUGUUUGACACGAAAUGCCCAAAAUUGGUACAAUUCGAUCGUCGCGAAGUCUACUCGUAUCUUAAAUGAAAUAAACAUUGAUAAGUUGAAUCUACCAAUUAGUUAUUCCUCUGAAUUCUUCCGUAGAAAAGAUUUAGGUGUAUAGUGCAGUGUUUAGCUGGCGAGUAUAUUGAAUUUAUUACAUGCCACACAUCGGGUCUUGCAAGUCAUUGGAAAGAACCAGCCCCCCCUUGUAUGUGGGUAAUUGAUUCUGUCUUUAACGAACUUAUAUGAGCUCUUACAACGAGUGGACACGGACAUCAAACGACGAGUCAAGGAUCGAUGAAUCAGAGACAACUGUAAUGGAGCGGUCUAAAGAUAACAACAGGGCAAUUGGCUCGCACAAAAAUCAUCGCACUAUUGCCUCGAACGAUGAACUUGAAGUGAAGCGCGCUUCGGCCAAAAAGCUGAUAGAACGAUAUUUUUAUCAGUUGAUGGAGGGCUGUGGAAAUGAGCAGUGCUCGAAUAAGAACUGUGCCUCGAGUGGAAAGGUCAGCCGGAUGACGGCGAACGCGGCUGCUGCGCGAGCGAUACAGCUUUUUUCGCAGGAAGCACCUUUGUGCGAUGAAAAAAAAACUCCAAUAUUGUCGAAGCCCAGCGAAAACCAUGCGGCCAGUGGUAGUUCCUCUAGUAGUGCAGCUGUCCAUCAGUCGAUGGAAUGCAAACCUACCCCAUCACCGUCAAGUCCGUGUUUGGAUCGAUCCGGUACGUACUUGGAAGAGAACAAACAAAAUAUGAAUACGAAACGCGUGGAGGUGGCUGAUAAUAGCUCCCUCGCUGAUGUAACGCCUAUGGAGGAAGGAGACCAGGGGGAAACGUCCAAUGUCCAUAGUGACAGUAGAAAAAGGUUAGCCUACGAUCAACCAGUGGAGAGCAGCAGCAGUAGUAGAAAUUUAAGAAAAAUGGCAACUAACCAGCUCCACGAUAGCACCAUGGAUGCCAAUGCCGAUAGCCUUAGUAGAAACGUUGAUUCGGCACUAUCGACGACGAUAACAUCAGCGCAAGGGGCCCAGCAUCUAAGCGAGGAAAAUCUGAAUGAACUUAUCGAUUGGUGCAAGCGCCACAGGUCCGAUUCGCUGCUCAUCCGCACGGUGGGUGCCGUGUUCUCCGCUCACCAGUUACUCUCGAAGAGUUUUCAGCUCAGUUCGGCCACGUCAAGCAUCGAUAGGAUGUUGGCAAGGGCACCUCCGGGGGAUUUGCGCAACAUGAAGAAGGAAGAUAUUCGAUCGCUCGAAGGUGAUCUCGAUAAGGACGAGGACAGUAAAGCACCACCGGAUAGCGCGCAGGACGUCCUGGGUAUGUCCUACACUUCCGUCGAUGUGGCUGCACUCAGACGUUCGCUGAAAAUGGUCCACGCAGCUCGCCCGGACAUCGUUGGGCCGAUAAACAAUGCACUGCAAUUGCUCGGCGAGUCCCUGUCGCGUGAUUUACGAGUAUCGCUGAAAGACACGCAGGAGCAGAUUGAACCGAUCAUAUCGGUGUUUGUGAUUGCGUUCGAAACGAUGUUGAUUGCUUCGGCAGAUUUUCUGGAGGAUACGUACCCGCGGAUUUGCGCUGCCGUUACUUAUCUACCCAUGUGGGCACAGGGCCGUCUUGCUAGCAUUUGGGCGCAACACUGUCCAGACAGUAUUUACCCAAUGUUGCAACAGAUUCAGCAGCUGAUCACCAUCACCACGCUCUCACUCAACCCCUAUCAACAAGGACCGGCACAGGGAAAUGAGGUUGUAUGCAAUGCAACAAAGGUUAUGAAGUUAAUUUACUUUGCAAAUAUUCUCGCGGGGGAUCUGGAACCGAAGCAAUAUCGAGAGACGGAUCUGCGGGAUACAUCACUGCCGUCCUUCCUUUCGCUCGUACCUGAGGACGAAGAGAUGGUAGGUGAGGAAGAUCGGCGUACGAGCCACAAGAGGCUAGAGGAUCCGCUCGCGCAGCUGCUUGAUGUAAAUCCGCUCGACUGCCGCAAACCACUGGUGCCAUACGAAGAAUUUUACAACGAGCUGUUAUGUGAUAGCAUCGAGAUGGACCACGACUAUUUGAUCUACCGGAGCAUCACAACGGCCGAAAGCGGCGGAACACCACUGCUGGGAGGUGACGUUUCGAAGCACUUUUGCUUCAUGCAGCACGCCUUUAUCCUCACGACCACCACGAAAACGCUCGCUCUGUACUACGAUUCGCGCAUCCGGAUGAUGUCCGAGCGGCGAAUCAGUGCCAUGAGGCAGUACCUGCUCGAUGAUCCCGUGAAUCCCUUCUUGAACCUGCGCAUCCGACGCGAUCAUAUAAUCGAUGAUGCGCUGGUCGAGCUGGAAAUCAUUGCCAUGUCCAACCCGAAGGAUCUCAAGAAGCAGCUCGUGGUGGAGUUCACCGGAGAGCAGGGCAUCGACGAGGGUGGUGUAUCGAAGGAGUUCUUUCAGCUCAUUAUCGAGGAGAUUUUCAAUCCGGACUACGGUAUGUUCGUGACAAACGAGGACACCAACAUGAUGUGGUUCAAUUCGAUAUCGUUCGAAAACGAGGCUCAAUUUACACUGAUCGGCAUCGUGCUGGGUUUGGCAAUCUAUAACAAUAUCAUACUGGCGGUUAACUUCCCAAUGGUCGUUUAUCGCAAGCUGAUGGGGAUGAGAGGAUCAUUCCCGGAUCUGAAGGAUCUCAAUCCGGUUCUCUACAACAGUUUAAAGUCGUUGCUGGAAUACACGGAAAACGACAUGGAGGAUGUGUUUAUGCAAACGUUCAAAAUUGGCUACCAGGACGUGUUUGGAAGCACGCUCGAGCACGAGCUGAAGCCGGAUGGGGACAAGAUCUACGUUACGCAGGAAAACAAGCAGGAGUUUGUAGAGCUGUACAGUGACUUUUUGCUCAACCAGAGCGUCGAGAAGCAGUUCAAAGCGUUCCGUCGUGGGUUCCAGAUGGUAACGGACGAAAGUCCACUCCAUCUGCUGUUCCGCCCGGAGGAGGUGGAGCUGAUCGUGUGCGGAAGCAAGGAGUUCGACUUCGAUCAGCUCGAAAAGUCGACGGAGUACGAGGGAGGCUUUACGGUCGAAUCGCAAACAAUCAAAGAUUUCUGGACGAUCGUGCACGGUUUGUCGAUGGAAACCAAACGAAAACUACUGCAGUUCACCACGGGCUCCGAUCGUGUUCCUGUUGGGGGUCUCAGCAGGCUAAAAUUGGUCAUUGCCAGGAACGGUCCCGACUGCGACCGAUUACCGACUAGUCACACUUGUUUCAACGUCCUGCUAUUACCUGAGUACGACUCGAAGGAGAAACUAGAGGAACGCUUACUUAAAGCAAUCACCUACUCAAAGGGCUUCGGAAUGCUGUAAUGUGCGUCUAGCUAGGCUGGAGGUUCACACACACUCAGACUCUCUCAGACAGCGAUGUUUUUUAAGAUUGCUGAAUCCUUUGCGAACUAACCAUGACCACAUUAUCCAUUACGAUUGUACUCAACCUCAACAAGCGGAAGUGAACAAUUUUAUUUUAUAGGCGUUUUUAAAACAAUCUCCUGAUUGGAUUUUGUACAGAGUAAAUUUUUGUUUCAUGCAAUGUUUCAAUAGCUUUAGUUCAGUUUCGUACAGCACACAUUUUUGUUACAAACCAGUGAUUUAAAAACCCGUUAACAUUUCAUAAUGAUAGAUUUUGUUUUGAUUGUAAUAAAUAAAAGCAGCUACUGUAACUUAUGUAUGAUAUUCUGGAAAAUUAAUAAAGUGAGUUCUUUAAAUUUGA